CUUCUUUCUUUCUUCAAUUUUUAAAAACUUUACAAACAAUGCCUUCAAUUAAAAUCGGUCAACAUCUUCUCAACCGUCUUAAGGAAAUCAACAUUGACGUCGUCUUUGGUGUUCCCGGUGACUUCAACAUGCCUUUACUCGAUCUCAUCGAAGAUGAUCCUGAACUCACUUGGGGUAACAAUGCCAACGAAUUGAACGCUUCUUAUGCAGCUGAUGGUUAUGCUCGUAUCCGUGGUGCUGGUGCUCUUAUCACCACAUUCGGUGUUGGUGAAUUAUCUGCUGUCAAUGGUGUUGCUGGUUCUUACGCCGAAAUGCUUCCUGUGAUUCAUAUUGUUGGUACUCCUUCUACCAAGUCUCAAGCUGCUGGUGCCAUGCUUCACCACUCCCUUGGUGAUGGUAACUUUGAUGUCUUCUUCAACAUGUCUUCAAUGAUUGCUUGCGCUUCUGCCCACUUGAAGAAACAAACUGCCAUUGCUGAAAUUGACCGUGUUAUUUCUCAAGCUCUUCUUUCUAAACGAACAGGUUACAUUGGUAUCCCUAUCGACCUUAUCUUCUGCGAAGUAGAGAUUCCUGACUCUCUUCCUCCUGUUCAAACCCAACUCCCUAAGAACCCCCCUCAAGUCCAAGAAAUUGCCUUAAGAGUAGUCUCAGACGCUAUUUCCAAGGCUAAAUUCCCUGUUAUCAUUGUCGAUGGUUGCGUUCUCCGUCACCGCUGUCAAAAGCAAGUCCAAGAAUUCAUCGAGCGUUCUGGUUUCCCUACCUAUGUGGCUCCCAUGGGUAAAGGUGCUGUAGAUGAAAGACUCCACUGUUUCCGUGGUUGUUAUUCUGGUAAUGUCACACUUGAAGCCGUGGGUGAAGAAAUUAAACAAGCCGACUUGAUCAUCGAAAUUGGUUCCAUCAAGUCUGACUUCAACACUGGUAACUUUUCCUACGCACUUGAUCGCUCCAAGACAAUCACUCUCCACUCAUUUGCCACCAUUGUCUUCUGCGCUGAAUACCAAAAGGUUUCCAUGAUGGAAUUCAUUCCUCUCUUGACCCAAACUCUUCCUGAACAACCUCGUGUCUUCGAUUUGGGUCCUCGCCACAAGCCUUUACCUAUUCAGCCCGGUACUGAAAUUACACACAACUACUUCUGGCAAAAGGUUCCCGAAUAUAUGGAUGAAAACGCUAUUGUAUGUGCUGAAACAGGUACUGCUGAAUUUGCUUCCUUAAACAUGGAUGGUCCUGUAGGCACCACUUAUAUCACUCAAAUUCUUUGGGGUUCCAUCGGUUUCUCCGUUGGUGCUGCUGUUGGUGCUGCCAUUGCCGAUCGUAAUCGUCGUGUGUAUCUCUUUGUUGGUGAUGGUUCCUUCCAAUUGACCUGUCAAGAAGUCUGUGUUUUCCUUCGUCAUGGUUUGACACCUGUCAUCUUCCUCUUGAAUAACGAUGGUUAUUUGAUUGAAAAGCUUAUCCAUGGUCCUCACCGUGCUUACAACAACUUCCAGAUGUGGGAAUACAGUAAGACCCUUGACUACUUUGGUGCUCAUCUCGAAAAGAACAGUAAGAUGGGUUGUCCCAAGGUUGGAUUCGAAGGCAAGGUUGCUACUCGUGAUGAAUUCGAAGAAGCUAUGAAACAAGUUCAAGCCAAUCCUGACAAGAUCCACUUCCUUGAAGUCAUCAUGCCUCAAUUUGAUGCUCCUCGUGAACUCGAACUCCUCGUUGCUAACUCUGAAAAUCGUUAAAAAAGAUUCUAGUAUAUAAUUCUAGUAACAUGUUCAUAUACAUCAUUACAUUUAUUAUUCAUCAUGCCUCAUAUACUCUUUAAAAUAAAUUUUGUAUACAUUUGUCAUAAAUUUAGUAUUUGUCAAACAAUAACUCUUGCAAAAAGGAAAGCGAUUGUGAAUAGAUAAACUCUAAAGGCUCGUUCUUUUAUUUAAUUGAGUUAACCAUAUGUUUAUUGCAGUUUAUUAAUUGACUUUAGAUGCAAUUAUUUGUAUUACAUCACUUAUUGUGCAGCCAACGUAGCUUAUUUUGUUGAAUAAAUAAUAUCCAAAUAUAUCCCUCUGACAUCAAUAAACGUGUUAAUAUUCGCAAGAGAUAUACGUUCAGUAAUUGGAAACAUAUAAAAAAGAAAAAACAAAGAGUGGUGAUCUUUUACAAUA